AUGAUUCUUGGCACCGUGCUCCGCCUUAGCACGCCUCCCCGUGUAGACAAAGUCAGACGCGCAGCGCGGUGGGUAGAAAAAGGCCCACAGGUCGAGGGCAGCCCAGGCCCACAGCGGACCGGGGUUGAUGGCUCUAUCUGUGGAUGGGAGCAGAGGAGGAACGCUGGCUCUGUGCCCGGCAGAGCUACCAUUCCAUCGCGUCACGCUCUGCCCACACAGGCGAGCGUAACCUUGGGCAGAGCCCAGCCGCGCUCCUCUCCCCCCCACUUGUCCAAAGCAGACUCUCCACCCUUCCCUUCCCGGAUGGAGGAAAGGGAGGAGCUGGGACUCCAACCCUGCUCUCGUCUCUUCUUCACAGCGGCGCAGGGCGAGGAAAGGGAGUGUGCCUUCACGGACCAGCAGCAGCAGUUGGAGGUAGAGCGAGUGGCGGGGGGCGAAGGUCGGGUCUCCCUGGAGAACACAACCAUCCGAUGUGCCAAGGGCGGCCACUGUUUUGGCUUGUGGGAGAAAAGUCCUCCAGGCGAAGUACGGCUGGUCAAACAAGGAUGCUGGACCCACCUCGGGGACAACCUGGCUUGCCGCGAUGACCGCUGCGUGGUGACCAACCUCCCUCCGCAGAUCCAGAAUGGGACCUACCACUUCUGCUGCUGCGGGAGCGACAUGUGCAACGUCAAUUUCACCGAGGACUUCCCGAUGCCCAGCCCCACCACUGCACAGCCCAUCAACCCUCGCACACUGCGCUACGAAGAGACCGUAAUUAUCGCCCUGGCAACAGUCUCCGUGAUGGCUGUGGUUGCUGUAGCAGCCUUCUUUGGUUACCGCAUGAUGCACGGAGGUGGUAAGCAAGGUCUUCACAACCUAAAUAUGAUGGAGGCUGCUGGCUCGGAGAGUUCGCUGGACCUAGACAAUCUCAAACUGCUGGAGCUGAUUGGACGUGGCAGGUACGGUACAGUGUACUGUGGCUCUCUGGACGAACGGCCGGUCGCAGUGAAGGUGUUUACCGCGGCCAACCGUCAGAAUUUCCUGAACGAAUGCUCCAUCUAUCGGCUGCCGCUGCUGGAGCAUGAAAACAUAGCGCGGUUUGUUGCCGCAGAUGAGCGCACCGGCCCAGAGGGACGCAUCGAAUACCUGCUGGUCAUGGACUACUACCCACAUGGCUCGCUGAAUCGCUACCUGAGCGUCCAGACCAACGACUGGGUCAGCAGCUGCCGGCUCGCUCACUCCGUCACACGUGGCCUAGCGUACCUGCACACAGAGCUCUUCAAAGGAGGUAAGCUGGAG